CGCUGGUUCCGCAAAUAUUUGACAUCUGCCGCUGACAUUUCUACUCUUGGUUGAGACAUUUUCCGAGAACAUUUUGUCUUAACAUUUGACAAUAGCAUUUAAGCAGACUUUAGAAAAACUAGCUCGACAUCGACUGUGCUUAAUUUGAACCCGCUGUUCGUAGAUCAUCCGCAUCAAAGCUAGUUAGCUAGCCGGCUGCUAGUUUCGUUAGCUAGUAGCUGCUUUUCUGUAUCGCAUCUCUAGACCGGAAGUUUUUAGUGACAAUGUCUGGACCAAAUGGAGAUCCAGAUAUCUCCUCUGAUGAUGGUAUUAUCAACGACGACGAUGACUUUGGCGACCAGGAGUACGCUGCCAUCAACUCAAUGCUGGACCAGAUCAACUCUUAUCUGGAUGACCUGGAAGAGCGAAAUGAUGUCCUUAAUGGAAAAAUGCAUGAACUGCUGGAGUCAAACCGGCAAGCCCGUCAGGAUUUCAGGGCCCAGCUGCUUGGCUCACAAACCCACGAGGAGCAUCAGACAGCAGAAGAGGAAUCCUCACCCAGUAAAGACCUAAAUGAGGAAAACUGAGAUUCACAAACUUGCACGAAGAGCUGGAGUUUGGGUUAGAUUAUAUGACAGGGCGAGACAGAUAAUACAAACGUCUCCUAAUCUCUGAUCUGUUCCUCUAACUCUUCUGUGAGUUUACAUUUCCAUCUGUAGACAUGGUUAUAUAACUCUGAAGUCAAUACUGCUUAUUUUCCUUACUGAACUUUGACACUAGAAUUUGUUUCCUGGACAGAUUAAAGUUUAUUGGCAUAACUAGUUCUCAGAAGUUGUGCUGCUGUGUGAAAUGCUGUGCACCUCUAGAAUGCAGUAUAUGUAAAUGUAAUGACAAAAUACAUCAUUGUCUAACCGUUCAAACGGCAGCAUGACACUCUAUUUGUUCAGAUAAAUGGGAGUGUGAUGCGUUCUUGUGUGGCUGUAUGAGAGUUUUGGGUUCUGUUUGGUCAACGUCACAAUCACAAAGGUGUUUCUGGCUAGUGGCAUUUGUUUGUUGUGAUAUGUGUAAUUACUUUUUGUCUUAUAAAAUACUUCAGGUGUAUAUUGUGUGUAAGAAAUGUAAGAUGUAGCUAUGCAUUCUGGUUAGUAGAGCGAUGCAAUUUGGUAGCUACAAUGGAGGACAGAAGCAGAAGUUGAAACUUUUUUCCUCUCCAAAAAUUAUAAUUCAGUAACUUAUUUUCCUAAAAUAAAGGAAGAAGAGUUAUUUAUUGUAUGAUAA